AUCGAAAUACGAAGCAUAUUAAAAAUGUGUGCAUUAUCUCCAUUUUUACCAAGUUUUGGGUGGCCCUUGGAAGAAAUAAUAAGCCAGCAACAGAACUACAUGUAUAGAGACACUGAUACUAUUGACUCGAUCCCUUAUUUUUCUCCACCUCAGCAUCAACUACAUCAGCUUGAUCGCUCUGCAUCAUUUACGGAAAAUAGCGGAGACCCAUCCAUGGCUAAGAAGCUCUACCACAAUGCCAGCGAGCGUGAUCGUCGUAAAAAGAUCAACAGUCUUUAUUCAUCUCUCCGUUCAUUACUGCCUGCUUCAGAUCAAACAAAGAAAUUAAGCAUUCCCGCCACAGUUUCACGAGUGCUAAAGUACAUACCAGAACUCCAACAGCAAGUGGAAAGACUGAUUCAAAAGAAGGAAGAGCUUUUGUCAAGGAUAUCGAGACAAGGGGAUCUUAUUCAUCAAGAAAAGCAAAGAAAAAACUUUGCUGCAAACUCUUUAUCUUCCAUUUCAGCAAGUCGGCUAAACGAUAGCGAAGUUGUGAUCCAGAUUUCUACAUGUAAGCUACAUAAAUGCCCAUUAUCUGGACUCUUGUUUAGUUUACAGGAGGAUGGUCUUCUUCUUAUGAAUGCUUCUUCGUUUGAAUCCUUUGAAGGAAGAGUCUUUUACAAUUUACAUCUUCAGGUGGAAAGAAGCUACAAGCUGGAGUGUGAGGUUUUAAGCGAUAGGCUAUUGUCAUUAUACGAGAAGAGGGAAGAGAUGUUUGCAUAAAAUUAAUUUUGGAUGUAAAUACUACUAUAUAUAUAUAUGAAUGAAUUAGCUACUAUAUAGCAAGAACUGAAGAUGA